GUACAUAAAUCUGGGCCAUGUCUUGUUGGAAUUCGGAAAGCCUGCUGACAUCAGGAGAGCACUUGAGUGUUACAAUGAAGCCAAGCAGAAGGAUCCUGAAGACAAGUCCGUGCGGAGUUACAUUGCCCAAGCUCACUUCAUGUUGGAGGAGUUCGAACUAGCAUCGUGCGCUCUUGCCGAAGCCGUUUACUAUCGGCAAGGCGACAUGCAGCUACGCUUUAACCAAGCGACUUGCUGGGAAGCCUGGGCCAGGCACGUCCUCUUGAAGAAAAUCCACGAAAGAGACAUGACAUAUGACGCCAUGAUCGAGGAGGUCAAGUCAUCUAUUGCAACCUUGGUGAGUGCCAUCCGCGUGUGGAAAUCUCUCCAGUCAGAGUGGGAAAGAAAGUCUGACUCCGAACGCCGCACUAUCGCAAGCACCACAGGUGCACCAAAGAGGUUUCUCAAGGAGAUGGAUGACAUCACAAGUCACGUGGACUACUGUCAGCACCUGCAGAACGUUGCACACACGAAGCUGGCGGACAUCUCCACCAAGAACGACACAAUGCAAUUGCAGAUAGAAGCGAUUGCCAAGCAAAAGGCAAAGUCAGCGAAGGAGGCUGAGGUCUGGGAGCCCCGGCUUGCCCAGAAAAGCUUCAUUCUGUCUGAUUCUGUUGGCCGGAUUGCCCACUCAUGCUGCCUGUGGCUUUUCUGGCUUUGGAGCUUUUGCAUGAACUGA